UACUGUUUCUUUAAAGUCAUGGAGAAGAUAGAGAGAGAGGAUACUGAAGAGAGGAGGGGGGAGGCACAGUGCGCCAGUUAGCGCUGCUGUUUAGAGAGAGAGAGAGAGUGAGAGAGAGCAGCCUGCCUGCCUGAUCGUCACAUUUCUUGCAGAGAUAACAUUACAGAGAAUGUCCAUGCUUCAUUAAGGAGACACAGCGCCAUUCAAAUGGUUCAGAAAUACCCAGACUAAAAGACAAAUAAGCAGCUCUUUGACACACCAUAUUGGACAGACAUAAAUGGAUGGACAGAGAGAUAUUGCAUUCGGAAUUCCCUUGUCAACCAGUGAGACGCAUCAGUGGAUAUAAUGGGCAACACAACACAUAAAGCUUUAGAAGAUGUGACUCUACAGCCCGACCCUGUGGUGAGCAGGCAGUACUUCACCCUGCAGAGUGGCAGCGGUGGGGGAGGGGGUGUCGGGGGUUCGGGGGUGGAGAGGCGGACGUCAGCCCCCCCAGUGAUCCUCAGUCUGGAGUCGCCCAGGUUCCACCCUCAGGCCAAGGGGAAGAACAUCAGGCUGGACGGGCAGCUGAGACGAGCGACCAGGAAGAACAGCUUCUGCAACGGAAUCACCUUCAGCCAACGACCUGUUAGACUCUAUCAGAAGGUGCGUCUGCGUCUGUCCGGUGUACACAACGGUUGGAGUGGUGCUCUGCGGUUCGGUUUCACCAGUCUGGACCCUAGCGAGCUCAACUCCUCCAACAUCCCCAAGUACGCCUGUCCGGACCUGGUGACGCGACCGGGCUCCUGGGCCAAAGCCCUGCCUGAACGCCUGGCGGUCCACAACAACGUCUUGUCCUUCUGGGCCGACAGACACGGCCGUGUGUUCUACAGCAUCAACGAAGAGGAACCCAUCCUCUUCCACUGUGGUCUGAGUAUAGGAUGUCCGCUCUGGGCCAUCAUAGACAUCUAUGGUCUCACCCAGGAGGUUACACUGCUAGAGAGCAAGUUUGCAGAGAGUGUCGGGUCCAGUUGUCUGUCUGCGGCCCGUCUCAGUGCCUACCUCCCUCAGAGCAGCCACGACUCCGCAAACUACAAUAACAACCAGCUAGAGAACAACCAGGCCACUGUGAAGAUGGCGACGUUACAGCUCAACAACCAGGCCACUGCGAAGAUGGCGACGUUACAGCUCAACAACCAGGCCACUGUGAAGAUGGCGACGUUACAGCUCAAUAACCAGGCCACUGUGAAGAUGGCGACGUUACAGCUCAAUAAACAGGCCACUGUGAAGAUGGCGACGUUACAGCUCAACAGCUGCAGCUCAAAUUCUCUCAACAACUACAGCCAGAUGAUCCCCUGUUGUACCACAUCUUCCUCCUCCACAACAUCAUCAUCAUCGUCAUCCGUCCCAUUCUCCGCCCCCCGGUUGGUCCGAGCCGGGCUCCCCUCGCCGCUCGACACCGACCUCCACUUCCAUCCAGUCCGUGGCCCGGACGUCAUCCUGUCAGCUGACCGCUCUGCAGCGUGUAUCCACUUCCUUGAGUCUUCGAGGACUCUGGUGUUCUCAGAUCGCCCCCUAAGGGUCAGGGAGACGCUCUACGUCGAGGUCGGUCAUCUCGGCCUGCCCUACUUCGGGGCGCUCCUUUUCGGACUGACCUCCUGCGAUCCGGGGUCCCUCCAUGCUGGGGAACUUCCUGCCGACCCAGAGGUUCUGCUGGACAGGAAGGAAUACUGGGUGGUGUACCGCGGCUUCCCCAUGCCCUGCUCCGGGGACGUCCUGUCCUUCAGCCUGACACCCAGCGGUGAGGUGCAUCAUGGGGUCAACGGGGCGUCCAGAGGGAGGCUGCUGUGUGUCGAUUCAUCACAGAAACUCUGGGCCUUCUUUACCCUGCAUGGAGCGGUCAACAGACUCAGGAUUCUGGGCACGCUCCAGUCCAGCCCUUCCUCCCCCUCCUCCCAGAGCAGUAGUAGCAGUAGUAGUCCAGACGACAGUGAUUCUGACCUGGCCUUCAGCGUCAACACAUCCUCCUCCGAGUCCUCCCUGGUGACGGCCCCCAGCUCCCCUCUCAGCCCCCCUGUCUCCCCCACGCUGUCUUCCCCACCCUGUCUCCCCCACCCUGUCUCCCCCACCCUGUCUGCCCCAGAGCUGCCCUCUGGUGGUAAGAACGGGGAGUGCACCGUCUGUUUCGACCAGGAAGUGGACACAGUAAUCUACACCUGCGGUCACAUGUGUCUGUGUAACAACUGUGGGCUAAAGCUGAAGAGGCAGGUCAAUGCCUGCUGUCCUAUCUGCCGCAGGCCCAUUAAAGACGUCAUCAAGACAUACAGACCAUGAGGGGACUGGGACAUUACUGCAGCAGGCAUUGUCUAGAGCAGAGCGAUUCAACUCUGACCCUACGACAUCCAGAGUACUGCUGGUUUCCUGUUCUACGUGAUAAUUCAGCGCACACCUGUUGUCCCAGGUCUAAAUCAGUCCUUGAUUAGAGGGGAAUAUUUAUUUUUUUAAAGCAGUGGAACUGGCUUUGAGGUCCAGAUGUAUAUUUGAGGGCUAUAGAGACAGACUGGACACCAUUUCAACAGGCCCAUCAAGGUCCUCAUUAAGCCGUCCAUGAGAGGAGAAACUACUGGGACAGGCAGGCAGGGCUCUGUCUCUAGCCCAGAGACGUCUCUUACCAAACUGGACACUCUACACUACAGCAGGUCCAUCAAGGACCUCCCUCAUCAAGACACAUUGGCCCUGAUAGACUGGACACACUGCAGCAGGCAGGCAGGGACCUGAAAGAGGAUAGGCAGGCAGACUCUCUCUCUCUCUCUCUCUCUCUCUACCCGAGACUCUCUCUCUCUCUCUCUCUACCCGAGACUCUCUCUCUCUCUCUACCCGAGACUCUCUCUCUCUCUCUCUCUACCCGAGACUCUCUCUCUCUCUACCCGAGACUCUCUCUCUCUUUCUCUCUUUCUCUCUCUCUCAAUGUUUUCCUCAGUUUUCUAUCAGUCACAGUGGUCAGAUAGUCUGCCACCAUGUACUGUCUGUUUAGAGCCAAAUAGCAUUGAAGUUUACUUUGAUUUUUUGUGGUGUCUUUCCAAUAGGUUAUAUAUUUUUCUUUUUGUUUUGUGAUGAUUUGGUUGGGCCAGAUUUUCUGAGGGCUGUCCCGAGGCUCUAUGGGGUUGGUUUGGGUUGGUGAACUGAGCCUCAGAACCAGCUGGCUGAGGGGACUCUUCUCUGGUUUCAUCUCUUGACAUUGUAGAGCUGUGUGAUGGAAUGUUUUAGGGUCACUUGUUUUUAGAUGGUUGUAAAAUUUGAUGGCUCUUUUUUCUAUUCGAAUGAGGAGGGGGUAUUGGCCCAAUUCUGCCCUACAUGCGUUAUUUGGAGUUUUUCUUUGUACUUGCAAUACAGUCUUGCAAAACUCUGCAUGCAAUAUAGACUCUCUCUCUCUCUCUACCCGAGACUCUCUCUCUCUCUCUACCCGAGACUCUCUCUCUCUCUCUACCCGAGACUCUCUCUCUCUCUCUACCCGAGACUCUCUCUCUCUCUCUCACUACCCGAGACUCUCUCUCUCUCUCUCUACCCGAGACUCUCUCUCUCUCUCUCUACCCGAGACUCUCUCUCUCUCUCUCUACCCGAGACUCUCUCUCUCUCUCUCUACCCGAGACUCUCUCUCUCUCUCUCUCUACCCGAGACUCUCUCUCUCUCUCUACCUGAGACUCUCUCUCUCUCUCUCUCUACCUGAGACUCUCUCUCUCUCUCUACCCGAGACUCUCUCUCUCUCUCUACCCGAGACUCUCUCUCUAUCUCUACCUGAGACUCUCUCUCUCUCUCUCUCUACCUGAGACUCUCUCUCUCUCUCUCUACCUGAGACUCUCUCUCUCUCUCUACCUGAGACUCUCUCUCUCUCUCUCUCUACCUGAGACUCUCUCUCUCUCUCUCUACCUGAGACUCUCUCUCUCUCUCUCUCUCUCUCUACCUGAGACUCUCUCUCUCUCUCUACCCGAGACUCUCUCUCUCUCUCUACCUGAGACUCUCUCUCUCUCUCUCUACCCAAGACUCUCUCUCUCUCUCUCUCUACCUGAGACUCUCUCUCUCUCUCUACCUGAGACUCUCUCUCUCUCUCUCUCUACCUGAGACUCUCUCUCUCUCUCUCUCUACCUGAGACUCUCUCUCUCUCUCUACCCGAGACUCUCUCUCUCUCUCUACCCGAGACUCUCUCUCUCUCUCUACCCGAGACUCUCUCUCUCUCUCUACCCGAGACUCUCUCUCUCUCUCUACCCGAGACUCUCUCUCUCUCUCUACCUGAGACUCUCUCUCUCUCUCUACCUGAGACUCUCUCUCUCUCUCUCUCUACCCGAGACUCUCUCUCUCUCUCUCUACCUGAGACUCUCUCUCUCUCUCUCUCUACCUGAGACUCUCUCUCUCUCUCUACCCGAGACUCUCUCUCUCUCUCUCUCUACCCGAGACUCUCUCUCUCUCUCUACCCGAGACUCUCUCUCUCUCUCUACCUGAGACUCUCUCUCUCUCUCUACCUGAGACUCUCUCUCUCUCUCUACCUGAGACUCUCUCUCUCUCUCUACCUGAGACUCUCUCUCUCUCUCUCUACCUGAGACUCUCUCUCUCUCUCUCUCUCUACCUGAGACUCUCUCUCUCUCUCUACCCGAGACUCUCUCUCUCUCUCUACCCGAGACUCUCUCUCUCUCUCUACCCGAGACUCUCUCUCUCUCUCUACCUGAGACUCUCUCUCUCUCUCUCUCUCUACCCGAGACUCUCUCUCUCUCUCUCUACCCGAGACUCUCUCUCUCUCUCUCUACCCGAGACUCUCUCUCUCUCUCUCUCUCUACCUGAGACUCUCUCUCUCUCUCUCUCUACCUGAGACUCUCUCUCUCUCUCUACCCGAGACUCUCUCUCUCUCUCUACCCGAGACUCUCUCUCUCUCUCUACCCGAGACUCUCUCUCUCUCUCUACCUGAGACUCUCUCUCUCUCUCUCUACCCGAGACUCUCUCUCUCUCUCUCUCUACCUGAGACUCUCUCUCUCUCUACCUGAGACUCUCUCUCUCUCUCUCUCUACCUGAGACUCUCUCUCUCUCUCUCUCUACCUGAGACUCUCUCUCUCUCUCUACCCGAGACUCUCUCUCUCUCUCUCUACCCGAGACUCUCUCUCUCUCUCUCUCUACCCGAGACUCUCUCUCUCUCUACCCGAGACUCUCUCUCUCUCUCUCUCUCUACCUGAGACUCUCUCUCUCUCUCUACCUGAGACUCUCUCUACUCAAGUCUCUCUCUCUCUUUCUCUCUGUCUCUGUCUCUGUCUCAAUAUCUCUCUCUCUCUCUCUCUCUCUCUCUCAUAGCUGAGGGUGGCAGGGCUUUCUUCUCCUGUCUGUCUGUCUGUCACAGGGUUUUCUAACUGUGUGGUUUUAACCCUUCACGUGUUGGAAGGACAGCCGAGGGGACUCUUCUGUGAGUCACCACUCUGCCAAAUACCUUCUGUCUUUGUGCCUUCGACAAUAUCUAUCAAAUGUCUUCAUGUCCAAGUUCUAAAUAUGAUGGCAAUCCUAAGUGUAAAUAAAUGUGUUGUGGGAUUAAUGAAGAAACACAUUGGUCACUGCAGACAGUUUAUGUAAUGUUUCUAAAUUAUAAAAAUAUAGAACCUUUUA